UUUAUAUUCUUUCUUAAUCUCGACGGUUUUUCCUGUUUCCAACUAGAAGCGCGUGUCCCUGGCUCCCCGCCCCGCACUCUACCGCCGAAGAAGCCAGGAAGGGAGUAGGAGGAGCAGGAGGACAGGGUCAGCGGUCCAGAGGCAACGCACGCGAUUGCGGUUCUGCCUUCGCGCGACCAAGUCCUCGCUUUUACCAUCCGCCCUUGCUUUCUACUGUUAUAUAUCCUCUUGCUAUGUGCUGCUCUUCCUUGUUCUUCUUGCCUACUACUAAUUCUUCCGAUCUGUCCGCAGAGGUACGCGCAGUUAUUUCUGGACCUUCUUGAUAGUUAAGAAACUUGCUUGCUGCGGAAUCUGACCCAAGGAGUUUUCGAGAUGAGCGGGAGGAGAUCGUUCUUCGCAUCCAAGAAGCCGUCGCGGAGCAGCAACCCCUUCGACUCCGACUCCGACGAUGGCGGGAGGGAGCAGAGACCGGCGAGGGCCUCCUCCGUGCCUCCUCCGGCCGACCAGCGGGGCUCCCUCUUCGGCGGCGGGGAUGGCUUCUCCGCCUCGUCGGCGGCGGCGAGGAGCCGGUACAGGAACGACUUCCGCGACACCGGCGGCGUGGAGGCCCAGUCGGUGCAGGAGCUGGAGGGCUACGCGGCGUACAAGGCGGAGGAGACCACUCAGCGGGUGCAGGGCUGCGUCCGCAUCGCCGAGGAGAUGAGGGAUACCGCGUCCAAGAGCCUCGUCACCAUACACCAGCAGGGCCAGCAGAUCACGCGCACGCACAUGAUGACCCUCGACAUCGACCAGGAUCUCUCCAGGAGCGAGAAGCUGCUGGGUGAUCUUGGGGGUAUAUUUUCCAAAAAGUGGAAGCCAAAAAAGAAUGGAGAAAUCAGGGGGCCUAUGCUAACUAGAGAUGAUUCCUUCAUUCGGAAGGGCAGCCAUUUGGAACAAAGGCACAAACUGGGACUAUCGGAUCACCCACCUCAAUCGAAUGCACGCCAAUUCCAUUCCGAGCCAACUUCAGCCCUCCAGAAAGUGGAGAUGGAGAAGGCAAAGCAGGAUGAUGGCCUAUCUGAUCUAAGUAACAUAUUGACCGAGCUGAAAGGCAUGGCGGUUGACAUGGGCACUGAGAUUGACAGACAAACAAAGGCUUUGGGAGAUUCAGAGAAGGACUACGACGAACUGAACUUCAGGAUCAAGGGAGCAAACACUCGGGCACGCCGUCUGCUUGGAAAAUAAACUGCAGAAUAUAAUCUCAUCACAGGACAGGAGUCCUUCCAUCCCUUUUACCCUUAGUCUUGUGGAGGAUAAUUAAUUGUUUUGUGGGCCAUUGGUUCUGAUGAUUCUGUGCAUCAGAUUUUGAUCAGUACGGUGAAUGGUUGGUCCUGGAUAUGUCAGGGUAUAAUGUAUCUGUAUAUACUGCUAUAGCCAUUAGCCAGUAAUGCUUUGUGCCAUUGUUUUGGAAUUUGGAUCGUUCGCAAUUGUUUCAAAUCGCGUUAGCAUCAAUAAAAUUAGCAA